UCUGCCCCAUUCUUGGACGGAGGUCAACCCUACGCGCUCGAUGCCCUGAGAAAGAAAUACGGAGACAUCUUCACCCUCGGGGUGCUCUCCAAGGACCUCGUGAUUCUCAGCAAUUGGGAAUUGAUCCGGGAUGUCUUUGGACGGGCAGAGUUUUCCGGUCGAACCGAGAUUGCUCUGACUCAACAAGUUUCCUUCGGCAAAUUCGGUCUUGCUUCUUCGUCGGGAAGCCUGUGGCAAGAAAAUCGCCGCUUCACAAUGCGAGUUCUGAAGGAUUUUGGCUUCGGGAAGAAGGCCGCCUUGGAUUGUAUGAUCCAAGAUGCCGCCGUCGAUCUCUGCCAAUUCCUCAUUGAGAAUAGACAGGAACCGCAAGAUCUUGGCCCCCGCCUCAACCUCGCCAUCCUAAACAUCAUUUGGAAAAUGACUGCAGACAAACAAUUCUCUCACGAUGACGCGAAGAUGCAAGACUUCAUGAACCGAAUCAUGGGAGUUUUCAGGGACUCCGACGUCCUCAGCCACCUUCAAUGGACUCCUCUUCUGGCGUACCUGUGGCCUCCGGCGUUCCUGGCGUCUCGACGAAUCGCCCGAAACAUGGCCGCCAUUUCCCAAAUAUUUGCGGAUGAAGUGGAAGAACACAAGAGGAAGCUGCCAUUGUCCGGAGGCUCCAACGACUACAUCGACGCUUACCUCACGGAAAUGGCACAGCAGAAGGCUCGAGGGGAGGUCAACCCCAACUUCUCGGAGUUCCAGUUGCGAGUGAACAUCUCGGAUCUGUUCAUCGGGGGGAGCGAGACGACGUCGAAUACCAUUCGGUGGUGCGUCUUGUUUCUCCUCUGCCACCCUGAAAUUCAGGAGAAACUUCAGGUCGAAGUUGACAGCAUUGUUGGGUGCGACAGACUUCCUUCGCUGGAUGAUCGAGACAGAAUGCCUUACACCGAAGCCUUUAUAAUGAAGACGCAUCGCUUGGCGAGCCUUGUCCCCUACGCGUUGCCUCAUGAGGCUGUAGAAGAGGCGGAAGUCGCCGGGGACCCCAAGUUCUGGCCGGAUCCAGAAAAGUUUGAUCCGGGACGAUUCUUGAAUCCAGAUGGAUCCGUCAAGACCAAAGUUCCCAGCUUCCUUCCAUUCUCCCUCGGAAAGCGUCAAUGCCUGGGCGAGUCUUUGGCUCAAAUGGAACUCUUCUUGUUCAUGACCAUUUUCAUGCAAAAACUAUCAUUCCGCACCACGACGGGACGCCCCUACCCCAAAGCCGAAGGUUCUGGCAACACUCUCAUCAAUCAUCCCAAGCGCUUCGUAUUCCUCGUUGAGGAGAGGAAUCAAUGAAUAAUUCAGUUCCUAUUUGUGAUUGGUUCAGCCUGGCGAGUCAUUGGAUGAGCAUCAUUUAAAAAAAAAUU